GGGUCAUUUGAUAUUUGAAAUCGGGCCCAUCGGCAACUUAAAGGCAGCCUCCCGGCAAAGUGGUGUACCGGUUUUACAACGUUGCAAUGAACGGACACCCCACUCCACGUCGACGUGUAAGAAACGGGUUGGGAAACCUGUAGUGAUGUUUUGAUGCUUUCGAAACUUCUCGGAUUUUUGAGUGAAAUAUUCACUAAGUCAAGAGCUCGACAGUGGGAACGUGUGCUUGGCAAACAGUUAGAAAUCACCGAAGCCAUUGAACGGACCUCUGGUGCGUCACGGAAACGGACGGCCAAGGUUUUCCCGUACACUGCUUGGACAGCGAGAAGAACACUUCUUCCUAUGCUAGUACCCCAAAAUUCCAUCUUAGUCUGGAAGGAUCCCCCUGAUCCAAAAAAUGCAGCGAGCAUUCCAAGCCUUUCGCUUCUAUUUGAUUUUCCUCAUGAUGGGUCUCCCUUGUUAGUAGCAUUGAGAAGGCCAAUUUCUGAGCCUUUCUCUGAAACUAUCAAACGAAUAGAGACUAAAAUUCAAAAGGUAAUAAACCCACAAAAAGGAAAGAAAUCCAAACCUAGUCAUGACCCAGUCGACUCUGCUAAACCAGUAGCUGUUGAAGCGCCUGGGUUGGAAGCAGUUGACUCGCUAUCUCUCGAAGAUGCCAUGACUUCGCUGAGGAACUUAGUCAUUGAUGGUCAAUCCUUCACAGUAAUACGCGAACCCCCGGAUAUUGCAUCGCUGGCAUGUCUCCUGAAACCUAUAGCUGGAUGUCCUAUCUACCCAGCUGUAGAUUUUAGGCAAGGUACAAAACAUGCAGAACCAAUGAUACACUGGUAUAUUCGUAACCUACAGCACGAUGAAAAUGUCAACGGAAGGUCCAGGGAGACUGCACCAAAAGAAAUAAUCACUCUAUUAGACGGUCCUUCUCGCAGAUUUUCUGCUUCGAAUUGCGAAUAUCGCUGGACGGGUGCAAAUUAUGUUCCAUCAGCCAUUGACGUGGGAAAAAACCUUUUUCUCGUCGCUGAUCUAGGUCCAGAGGCCAUAGUCAAAUCUGCUGUUUCUAAACAUGCUAUCGAAACGAUUGACGAGCCAUUAUUAUGCGAAGGCAUUGUUGAAUGGUGCAGGAAAGAAAAGCCACCUUACUGUCUACGGAUAUUGUCAUAUAAUCUCCUUGCUGAUUUAUAUCUGGAUCUGUCUGGACCACAAGAAUCGCUAUUCUUUCCCUACUGCCCUAAAGCUUAUCAAAUGUACGAGUAUCGAUAUCCAUUGCUGCUCAAGGAACUGUUAAGUUACGAUAUGGAUCUAUGCUUCUUGCAGGAGGUUGACCAUAGGAUGCAAAUGCGAUACCUCAGUGCCCUUUUCGGAUCGAUUAAUGUUGAAAUGUGUUUUGCAAAGAAGGAAAAGGAAGUCACUGAAGGAUCAGUUAUUGCUUUCCGUCGAGAGCGAUUUGAUCUGAUCUCCACCGAUUGUUAUGGCAUUGCGUCGCUUCUCGAAAGCAGUGGUGGUGAUAUCAACAACAUCAUCAACUCAAGUGCUGAAUCACUCCAAAUUUUUAUCAGCCGACCAACUACGAUACAGGUAGUAAUUCUGCGUGAUCGUAUCGCUGGUGAUGUUUUGAUCUGCGGUAACACGCAUCUCCAUCACAAUCCAAAGCACGAACAUUUAAAGGUGCUACAAGCAGUCAUUGCCGUCCGGAAGUUGGAAAGCGUACGAAGGCAGUUUGCGGAAUCAAACCCGAAUCAACCAGUUCGACUACUUUUUGCUGGUGAUUUUAAUAGCGAUCCUAGUGGUCCUGUCUAUGAGCUUUUGAGCACUGGAACUUUGCCCAAAGAAUCUAGAUGUUGGAAAUUGGACGAGAAUAUAGUGCCUGAAGAUAUAGUGAUAACGCAGAACACACAGAGUUUGAGUCUGAAGAAUCUGACUGGCACUGAAGCUUCAACCAUUAGAACCGUAUUUAUUUCAUUCACAGGCGAGACAAACAUUAGUCAUUGCUAUCAGAGUCGGUCUCAGCAUCCCAUUGCUCAGAAACUAACCGUUGUUGAAGGGUAUGCAUGUCUUCCAACGCGGGGAAGCCAAUCCACCCAUGGCAGCCUAUGGGCGGAUGUGAGGCUGGACAGCUCGCAGCUGGCACAUUCGCAGCAAAUCCUGCCAUGGGCUGCGCAUUAG